GAUAUUAGCCCGAUGAUGAUAGAGAAGGCACCACACACAUUGUCACCGGCUCACACUUUUGUGAAAGCUCUUCAGAGUUAGCCAUGACAUGACGGAUUAUGAACUUCACUAAUGUCUCCGGAUCUUCGCAGGAAAGAGGUCAAAUUUCUAUGGAGCCUACAAAAUAUUGGAGUACUGGAGUCCAAUAUUGGAUAAAAUAUAAUCUAGUCGUUAUAAUUAUAUUUUUUUUUUCUACAAUAUCUGUAAACAUUCGACAACCUGCAGAUCAUGCCUUACAACAGAAUCAUUCUAAUCAAAAGGUAGAAUAAUUACUUUUAUAAAUCAGAGAACACUAUGUUCUUUAAUAUAGCUCAUAAGCAGAACAAUGAUCUUAAUGAUUGUUAAAGUUGACAGAUAAUGAUGGUUAAUUGAUAAUUAUGCUUAAGACUACUUAUAAAUAAUAAAUUAUAUAUAAAUUUGGAUAAUCAAAGAUAUUGUUUAUAAUUAAAUUAAAAAAUUAUGAUUGGUACACCAAAACUCCAAUACUCCAUUUAAAUGCCGACUCCGGGGAACAUAACUCUAUUUCUGUAAAUAGUAUUUAUAUUAUCUAUUUAGAAUUAUAUAGAUAUAUGACGGAUGAUAAUUACAAAUAUAAGUUAUUGAUGAAAGGCUUUGUUGCCUUUUCAUCUAGGAUUUUACUUUUUGACUCUAUUUUUUGAUAAUUGACCCUCAGCCUUUUGGCACACAUUUUUAAGUCUUUUGACCUCAUAGGUAGAUUAUUUUAUUUUUUUUAAUGAAUAAAAGGAUUAGUUUAAUAUUUUUUGAAAAUGUUUAAUUAUUUUAAUGAAAAUAUAUGUCUAAUAUUUAAUUAUUAAAUGAAAACAUAUAAUUAAAUACUCCCUUUGUUAGGAUAUGUUAGUCUGUUGACUUUUUUUCACGUCCUUUUAAGAGCUUUAACCGCAUAAUUACAAAUAUUAUUUUUAAAAUUUUCUUUUGUGAAUAGAAUACUAUACUAAUAUUUUUAUUCACAAAUAGAAAAUUAAAAAAAAAUUAAAGCAUUCGGUCAAAACUCUUAAAAGUACGUGCAAAAAAGUCUAAGGGGUCGUUUGGUUCGAGGAGUAGUGUUGGGUUGGGAUGAGGAAUCGGGUUAAACUGAUAUGGGUUUGAGGUAUCAUAUCUGAUAUCAUGUGUUUGGUUGAGUGCUAGAAUCAAUAUAUACAAUUUUUGUAAUAAAUAAGUUAUUAAUUUAUAAUAAUUAAAAAUAUAAUAAAAUUAUUAUUGUUAUAUAAUUUUGCAUCAUUGAUUUAAGUUUGUAUAAAACAUUAACAUUUCGUUACUUCAACAGAGACAAAAAAAACAAAAAUGAAUGCAUCUCAUACCCACCUCUCCACUUGGGCAUCAAAAACCCAUAUCUUGGGGGUUUAAAAUCUGGGUUCGAGAUUUUAUUUUCUCCAACCAAACAUCAGGUGUGGGUUUGGAAUGGAUACCCAUACGUGAUUCCAAAUACCCAUGAACCAAACGACCCUAAGAGACUAACAUAUCCUACCAGAGGGAGUACUAGCUUAUAACCCGUGCCAUGCACGGGUGACUUAUAAUACUUGUUAUUUUCUUAUGUAUAUAUUUUAAUAUUUAAUUUUUUUAUGAAGAUAAAAUUAUAUUAAAAUAAUUUGCAUCUCUGAAUUAAAAUAGAUUUUUAAAUAACUAAUAAACAUUUUUGGAUUAAUAUGUUUUUAUUGGGUGUGUUGUUUCAGAUGUUAAAUAAGUUCUUAAUAGUUAAGGCUGUCAAAAAAGUAAUUAAAAGUUGACCCAAAGAGCUAUAUUUUGAUGAGAAUGUUUAAAUAUGUUUUAGCUAUGAUUAAAAGAUCCAUCAGAACAAGUUAUAAAUUAAGAGGGCCCAUAGGCCCAAAUACCGACCAACCUUAUAUUUCAUUAUUUUAUUUAGGUGGACCAUAUCAAUUCUAAUAUGGAGUCAACGGAAUUUGCGGGGCCCGCAACUUUUAUCAUUACCAAAACAUAAUAUUGAUGUGAGAAUAAUUUAUUCAAAUUAAUUUGUUUAAAUAUGUUUUAGCUACAAUUAAAAGAUCCACCAGAACAAGUUAUAAAUUAAGAGGGCCCAUAGGCCCAAAUACCGACCAACCUUAUAUUUCAUUAUUUCAUUCAGGUAGACCAUAUCAAUUCUAAUAUGGAGUCAACGGAAUUUGUGGGGCCCGCAACUUUUGUCAUUGCCAAAACAUAAUAUUGAUGUGAGAAUAAUUUAUUCAAAUUAAUUUAAUUGUCGGUUAGAAUAUAUAUACUAGUCGGUUUUUGGUUAAUGAUAUUAUAUACUAAAUUUCUUGACAAAUUAUGUUUGAAUGAAAUAUUUGAUUCCAUAACGUAUAAAAUUGUUGUCGGAGUAUAUGGUUUUGUACAUUUUUGGGAAUCUUUAUGAAUUACUUUUUAUCGGAGUUUGGUUUGUUGUAAUCAAUGUUAUUAUUAUUUUUACAAUAUAUAUAUCCCACCUUGUAGUCACUUUGCAUCAAUUCACACACACAAAAAAUUACACAGGGGGUGAGUAAGAAAAGAGAGAUUAGAAAUGGGGAGGCUACCUACUGAAAUCGAAGGAGUGAACAAGAAAGGUCCAUGGAAUCUUGAAGAGGACCUUGUUUUGGCUUCUCAUAUUCAAAAGCCUGCUCUCGGCUCUCCAGUUUCAAUGGCUCCAGUGCCACUGCUGUCAUCGAGUUUGAUGAGCUUGAAGCCACCUCGUGGAUGGAGUCAAAAUUCCAGUCACCAGCAGCUGAUGAUUCAUGCUAAUAAUCAUCAGUUGUGCAGCCAAGCAGCAUCCCAAAUCACUGAGGCAUCUACUUGCUCAACAACUACUGUGCCUUAUGUUUUUAAUAUUGACAAUGUAGCGAUGUGGCUGCAGAACUGGAAUUCGGAGACUCUCAAUUCGAGGCUGGAAAAUGUUGGUGCUUGUCAUCCGCCUCCGCCUCCUGCUGAUGUCUUUGGUGGGGAGCAUGAGGUUUUUCCGCCUUCUGCUGAAGUUACUACUGCAGCUUCUUCUGGUUGGCAGAAUGAAGAUGACCGCCUUUCACAGCUGGAAAUGCCCGUUCCUCAUAAUCAGGCUCAUCGUCCAUUUUUCUGAACGUUUCAUCUUUUCCAGUAACUAUAAGUACAAGUAUAAGUAUAACAUUUCAGACAUUUCUGCGUCUUAUAAGUAUAAUGUGGUUAAUGUGGCGCUGAUGUUUUCGUAGUGUCUUGUAUUUAUCAUGAAUUACAUACAUUUCUUGCGCUUGUUGGAUAUUGUCGUCACCGCCGCUGGAAGAUAUUACUCAUGGUAUAUCGUUUUAUUUUUAAUAAUGAAAGACCCCAAUUUUAGCUUCAUAUAUAUAUAUAUAGAGUCUUACUCCAAUAGAAACCUUCUUAUCCUAGAAACUAAAAACCAAACUGAAAUACUACUAAAUCCUAAAGCAAAUACCACUAAAUUCUUAAACAACCCCAUCUCCACCUUCAUCUUCACCAAACCCACCUCCACUGCCACCAGCUCCGUCGUUGCCUCCUUCAUAACCACUACCUCCAUAACCACCACCUCCACCUCCACCUUCACCUCCACCUUCACCUCCAUUAUUUCUCUAACAACACAACCUCCACCUCCAUCUUCACCAGCCCCAUCUUAAUCGCUGUUUCAACCUCCUUCAUCCCCGUUCAUACUUCUUUCUCCACCUCGAUUCAACUUCAAACGCGGAGCUGCCACUAUUCCGGCAACGCUCCAACCCCCUACUUCAAGCCGCCCAAACCUCCGCUACAAUCAUCUUUCCUUCAUCUCCACCACCUCCACCACCAUCACCACCAUCUGAAUCAAAAUCGUGAACAGACCUGGAGAUUCUAAGCUGGAACAUAUCUGGAGAUUAAGUUUUCACUAAUUCCUGCAACACAGAUCACUAAAUCCUAAAGAGAAUAUCACUAAAUUGUACUGUGAAUAUCACCAACUUGUAUUGGUUUCUAGUUUUUAUUUUAAGAUUGGUUUCUAUUUGAUAAUGAGCGUAUAUAUAUAUAUAUAGGGUCUUACUCUGGUACAAACUUUCUUAGCGUACAAACUACAAACUAAAAUAAAAAAUCUCUAAAUCGAAUCGAAAUAUAGUACAUAUGGUAUGCAAAUUGAUCGUUGGGAUAUGAAUAAAAAUUCAGUGAAGUCGGAUUUUGAAAAAAGUUUACCAAUUAACGGGAAAAAUUAAUUUAAAAACGGAGGGGAUUAGGUGGGAGUGUGUGUGUGAGGGUGUAUUUGAGUUGUGUGUGGUUGCCCCUGCGGGGCCGUUAGAUUAAAUGCAUCCAAUGGCUGAGAUUAAGGUUUGUAGUUUGUACACUAACUUAGUUUGUAUUUGAGCACUUCCCUAUAUAUAUAUAUAUAUAUAUAUAUAUAUAUAU